CAGCGGAUCACCGAUCAACAGAAAGAGCAAAGAUUUUGGCUCGGUCAUGUGAUCAGCUGUGUCCAAUCACAGCUGAUCUCAUGGCACUGAUGAUCAGUGUAGCCCCAGCAGUGCCCCCUGUCCGUGUCCAUCAAUGCCAGCUGUCAGUGCUCAUCAGUGCCACCUGCCAGUGCCCAUCAGUGCCACAUCAAUGCCACAUAUCAGUGCUCAUCUGAGCUGCCUUUCAGUGUCACCUAUCAGUGCCAGUCAGUGCCACCUAUCAAUGCCAGUCAGUACCACCUAUCAGUGCUGCCAAUCAGUGCCACCUAUCAUUGGC